GCAAGAUGUUCAAUUGUGUGUUUUCUAGACGGCCAUUCUACACAACAAAUGAUGCCAUCAAACCUUGACACCCAAAAGGCCUUCCUGCAUCCGUUUCUUGCGCCACCAUCUGUACCAUUGAUAUACGAUCUGCGCUAUUCGCCCACCUCUCUCCGUUUUCCACCAUCAUCUCCAUUUGCGGACUGCGGGUACAAAUUCCUCCGCGUCCCACUUACGUCAGAGAGGCCCAGGCAGAUACGGCUCAUCAGCCCAUACUUUCCUUGGGCGUUUGAUAUCAGCCCAAGUGCCGGAGAGGCUGUGACGUGUCUCGACGUUCUCUCUACUCUGCACGCUGCAUUGCAGUGCCCGCUUACAGACACCGAGUGGGGAACCGCUGGAGACGAUAAACGUGCAAGUCUCAUCAGAGCACGCGACCGUCGUCUGUGGAUACAGCUUGCGUUACAUGGGAGCUCAAAUCCUGCGGUACACACUAGACCUACAGUGCAACGAGAACCACUGCUACUCCGUGUCGACUGGCUUGGAUCCAGCGUUGCAUUCACGGGGCUUGUCAAGGAUGAGGCUUUUGCGAGCAGGAGACUCAUUCCGGGUGGCAGGGAGUCCCCUGAGACAUGGGUAAUGAAGUUCCAUAAAUUAUAACGUCCGGAGAAAGUGUACAAUCUUGUACAUCACAGCUCCCACGCACAGACACGGAGUAGGGUACUAUUGGAGACGAUAUAUGUGCUAGUCUUAUCAGAGUAUGCAAUCGCCUAAGGAAACAACCUGCGUUAAAGGGGAGCUCAAAGUGCGCGACACAAACUAGAUAGGUAUCUAUUUAUGUGGUGAACUUUUCAUUUAGCGCC